AAGUGCAGGCAAGUGCAAUGCAGUCAGGCAACGAAAUGCAGUUCGAUUGCUUAGUGGACUCCGGGUUGGGUGGAUUGUUCGCCUGAGCCCAGAACUCAGAAAAUAGGGGCACAGAGCCACCACUAACUAGCUAGGCAACAUGAGUGUGCGUGGUCUGCACAUCCCGAAACUGGCGUCCUGCCUCACAGCGUGCGACAACGAAGAAAAAAGGUCGGUUCCAAUGCAUUGUUGCUGGCAGUGCCAACAAUGUAACGCACAGUAGGAGUGAUCCUCGCCCUAUAGAUUGUGGCAUUGUUUCUCUAGUUUUUGCUUUAACCAAUGUCGUUUGUUGGGAACAGCCCCAGCUCAUACACAUCUUCAUCUUCGCGACUGUUUGCCUGCUUCCCUGCUUCGGAUGCGUGCAACCAUCUACCCCGCAACAGAAGGAUAUCCCUGACGACUCACUGACACUCCCAACCACAAAGUCUUUUCCCCACAAGUAAAACAUGACACGAUUUCUUCCUGGAGUUUCUGCUGCUUCUCAACAACCUGCCAUGAUGUCUUUCUUGAGCCUUUCCCUUGUUGGUUGUUGGUCCGCUUCCUGUUUCCUCACCCCAGUUGCUCUCGUUUCUGCCGUCAUCAUGUCCCAUCAUGAUUCCUAAAAUCGUAUGAUUCCUAAAUCUUCUCUUGAAACAUUCUAUCAACAUGAAUGGAUGGAUGUAUUCUUCCCUUCUUUUUUCCAAUUUAUUGGCGUGUCGUCGUUAAUUUUGUAAUGUGUGUAGGAGUGUAAAAAUCAAUUUCCCUAGCCAGCUAGCUAGAAUGCUAGAAUCCAAAGGUGCCAAGAAGCGAAGACUCCUCGCGAGAAAAAUGCUCAUUGGAAGUUUCGUUUUCAUUUUGGCCCUCAUCAGAGACAGCGGCAUUGGCCUUGCGUACUUCACUCCACCACGACGGUUGCAAUGGAUCCAAGUUUUCUGGACUGUAGCCUCCUGGGCCAAGUUUCUGUCGCUUAUUGCAUUCUUGCUCCCCACCCAACGCUGGGAAAACUGUGUGUUUCCGUUUGUCACCACCACCAACAACUCCUCCUUCGUCUGCUGGUUCCUUGGAUGGAGUAAGGAGGUGGAUCUCGACACUUUGCGGUGGCUUGGACGGCCGACCAAAGAAGUUCUCCCUGUUCGCUCCUUCACUUUUCAGCAGCAAGCCGAGAAGGGACUUGUCUGCCUUGUAGAUCCAUUUGAGGCCCCCAUGGUUCUUGUGAUAUUCCUGCAAUUCCUUGUACCUAUUCCCAAGCAAGCACUCCUCCUGCUGGGGGCAUGAAGCGCCAAGACUUCUUUCUUCAGCUCUGUCCAUGGCCAAGGCUGUGCUUUUGGAAUGAAUAAUAAUGAAGAUGUGUCAUUUUUUUAGGUUCAUUACAAAAACCUCAACACGUGUCGUCCGUGGAGGCAAUAAUGAUGAGGUGUUACUCGAAUGACAACAUUAUUACCGCGACGUAGCAUGCAGUACGUAGCAUUACUACAGCCCCUUUUAAAAAUGUUUAGAGGGACAAACAAAAGUGAAUGGCAGCUCAAAUGGCUUCUUUCGAUUGCAGGCGAGAGGAGGGACUGUCUGCUUCGACAGUUAUCGGUAGAGAUUCAAGCAAGUGGAUCAUUAUUUGCUACCUCUAGCUGGCUACGGUAGUCAUUGGUAACUAUGCAUAGAAACAGGUUCACACCUCUCGUAAAUCUACAUCAACCGUGCAGGAACCACUGUACAGGCACCUCCAUUGCUACCUUUUCCAUCCCAAGCCCCAUUUUUUCGUCGUCGGCCGUCUUCCACUUUUGCCCACAGUAACAAUCUCGACACAGCCAUUCUGGUGAUCUCGGCACAUUCUGGUGACUUGGACAUACCAAAAAGGCUGUCACGAUGCGUCCCUCAAGCAAUCAUUGCAAACUCACGAUCAGCAGCCACCAGCGCAAAUAAAUUUGAGAGGAGAGAAGGACCAUGCAGCCUUGCUUGUGCUGCAGCCCAAGCUUGCAGGUUGAGCUGCUGGUAUCAUAGAUUGGUGAUGCAUACAGCAUCGUUUUGAGAGGAAUUUCUGUUCGUGCGAGCUGAGUGGGCUCUCUAUUUGCGCAAGAAUGGUGUUCAAUCCUGAGAAUGCAAGCAUAAUUCUUUCUCAAGUAAAGCAUUUUAAAAUGCAUUAUCCAAAAUGAACGUCUGAGGACGACUCAUCGACCAUGAUUGACUACUGUUGACUGUGAUUGGCUAUUGUUGGCUAUGAUUGACAACUAGCUAUCUACUAUUCAGUACCGGUAGACUGGAAGCGGGAGACGACGCGAAAAGGGGUAUAUGUCAAAGUCAUAAUGAACGUUUCAUGACUGCACAUGGAACGGCAAGGGUUUUGGUGCCAUCUCGCUCGAUCGUCGCCGCGAAGCCCUCACAAUUCUCUUUCACAAAAGCCUUCACAAUCAUCCACUUUUUCUUUUGUGAGCAAGAACAACAACGCUAGCUAGAGUUUAUCAAAACCAUGAAGAGACUCUUCCUUCUCUUGUGUUGCCUCAUCUUUGGUUGCAGCAUUUGCUCUUCCCAGUCGGAGCAGCCCCAAUUCACUUUCCAAGCCUCUAGCAAAGUGGAUUUUGUAUCAAGGCCCUCACCUACGGUGUCACCUACGGUCACCUUAAUUUUGUCCAGUGCCAAACUGCUCAGUACCACUACUUUGGGCCGUUGCUAUGAUGCCUAUGAUGAUUCUUGCAGAGGUGGGAUUGCAGCAUUGAUGGCAUAUGCCCGGAACAAUACUGUGGAUUCAGAUAUUGGGAGAUUGGUUUUGCCUGGUAUUGACAUCCAGUCUUCCUUUGUGCAGAUGCACCCCCUUGACUGGUCUGUCAAUCGUCUCAUCUUGAAGGAUUACUUCAACUUUGAUGUCUUUUGGGGUGUGAGGUCUCUGACAACACAGCAGUUCUAUUCAAAAGAGAGAGAUCUUUCAGAUCUUCAAAGCAAUGACUUCCCCCUCCUUGCUAGUAACCUUGACAUCCCUAUCAGCAACACGUGGAAGCAGUUCGUCAAAGACAUCCACUUCCACGAGGAAACAGGUUUGGCCGUCAUGAAGGUUGUCCUUGCUCGUUUUGUCACUCCAGAGAAUGGUAAUGGUGAUGACGACGAGGAGGGUAUUCUAAACGAACUCGAGAAAACGAUUGAAUCCUGCAAGAGUUUGCUCUCGGUAAUUCAUCAGAUUAAUUGGCAGGCAGGUUGCCUUCCACAAGAAGAGCCCACUCCGUAUUGGUCCUACAUGCAAUCAAGUGCCCUUUGGACUAAUUUAAGUCAGACAUCCUCCCAGCAGCAGCAACAUCCCGGGCAUCCCUGUUGGAUUCCGGUGAUCAUUACUGGGCAAGGUUUGGAUGCUCCCAUGUUGGACCCUUUUGUGGAGGCUCUUGCUACCUAUGAAAAGUUUCCACCAGCUGUCAUUUACGCACCACGUGGGAAGUAUGAGAGAUUCGCCACUCCGGGGAAGGUCCACAACACUUGGGUGUACUGGAAAAAUAACUAUGGAGCCGAAGGGUUCGAUCAGCUUCGCCUUCAUUUACGACACGACCCAUCACUGCCCCACACACAAAAUGAAGUCCUCGACCUCACUGUUACUCAAGACGACACCCGAAACAUUGAUGAGCGGGUGAAAGAUGAGCAGUUUGUCCGCGAUAUUGAAUUCUUGAAGGAUCUCAUGGUUGAAGCAGAAAACAAUGACCCUCUUCUCGGAAACUCAACCGAAAUGCCGUACACUCGAGAAGGGAAAGUUCGAAGAUGUUACGGUGGCGAGUGUCCUUUGGGAAACCUUUUCACUGAUGCCAUGCGUUGGCGAGCACAAGCUGAUGUUGCAGUGAUCAACAGUGGUGGUAUCCGUGGUGGAGGAUGGCCUGCUGGAGAAGUGAGGACUUCCAACAUUUGGGCUAGCUUUUUCUAUGCCAACACCUUAUGCGAGAUUUCAAUGUCUGGCCUAUCCCUCUUCCGACUGUUCAAUUACAGCACCAGUUUGGCCUCAUUUGAACCACGGAAUAUUGCUGAUGGAGAUCGCCUCUUCCAGGUGUCCGGUGCUCGCAUCACGUAUAACACAGAGCUCAACACGUCCCGAUUGAUAUCUAUGGAAAUUUGGGACAACAAAAUGCAAGACUACAAGCCGGUGGAUCGUUUGAAAAUUUACAAGGUGGCAUCUAGUAGCUGGGAAUGCGAUGGUUUCGCUCCAGUACCAGACUACCUCACCACGGCACUGGUGAUGAAGGGGGAGCGACCAGCCGAAAUUACAGAUGAGCUGAUCCAGAACGUGGUGGGAUCAUACUUGAAGUCAUUGAAUGGAACGGUCUACGACACAAGUAUUAAAGGGCGUCUCAUCAACGACACUGAUUCACUGGAGGCCAUGGAUUGGAUCCAAACCGAAGAAUCGUGUCCAUUUCGAACCUAUUGGUCUGAGGAAUACCUCACCUGCUUUGAUUGCCCCGAUGUCUCUCAGGUUCAGUUUGCCGAAGAGACGCUCGACGGUGAAGGAGUAAGUGGACAAGACAAUGCUUAUCCUCUCCAAGCCACUGUUGUGAAUGGCGAGAACUUCACAAUUACACUGCUCCCAAAGCAAAUCCCAAGCUGGAUCUCCUGGGCCCCUGAAGGUGGAGCCAUCUCUUCGACUUCUGUAACAUCUAGGGAUGCUGGUACUGGGAAUGAAGAUCAAGUAUUGCUUGAGCCAGCUCAGACGCACACCUUCACCUUUGUUGCUACCUCAAGAGACCUGGAUGCUGGAAUCGCCCAGGCUACCGUAUCCUUUGCCGUUCAAGAUGGAGGCUCGUACCCUGGCUGUAGUGGAGAUGAUGUUAGCUUUCAAGUCUCAAUGAGCGUAGAGCCAGAGCCAGAACUCAGCAAACCGGAGGGCAGCCGCUAUGCUGGCUUUGUCUUGAUGGCCAUAUCAUGCCUAAUGUCUAUCUCCUUUGGUGCUUGGGUCUACUGGAAUCGAAAUGAUCGUGUUGUCCGAUCCCUCCAACCUGUCUUCUUGAUUGGUCUUUGUGUUGGGACAUUCAUCUUGUGCUUUUCCAUUCUCCCCCUGAGCAUUGUGGAUGAGUUGGAGAAGGAAUCUGCCAGAGACCAUGCCUGCCAAGCCACACCAUGGCUGAUUGUCCUUGGCUUCAAUAUGAUAAUGUCUUCUCUCUAUGCCAAGCUUUGGAGAAUCAACAAGCUUUUCGGUGGGAACAGCUUUGCCAGAGUGGCUAUUACAGCACGACAGGCUGCCAUUGCUACAAGUGCCCUCUUUGUGACAAACCUGAUUUUGCUUUGCAUCUGGACCAUCGUUGACCCACUGAAAUGGGAGAUUCGGCAUGUCCCUGGUGAAGAAUGGAACCAAUAUGGAUCCUGCACUGAUGUGGGCCCAGCUGGCCAGGGCUUGUAUGCAACAAUCUUUGUCUUGACAAUGAUCAAUCUUGUCCUGGCAAGCCACCAAGCGUUCAAAGCACGCAACAUCAGUGACGAGUUCAGUGAGAGCACAUCCCUGGGUUUUGCAGUCUUCACAUCCGCACAGAUUGUGAUUGUGGGUCUCCCAAUUCUUUUCUUGAUUAGUGAAGACAAUCCUGAUGCCCAAUAUCUUCUGCAGACCAUGAUGAUCUUUGCCAUCUCCACAUCCGGCUUACUACUCAUUUUUGUCCCCAUCAUCCUCCAGCAACGCGAACGCCAACAACAACCACGGGACGCUGGUCGAGUGCACGUUUCUGGUAUAGCAGCAAGCACGACACACUACAGUACGACAAGUGCUCCCGUUCGAGGCAGCACCGCGACCAGCAUGCCAGCAAGCAAAUACACAGCUAGCAACAGCACCCCGAGCAGUGACAGCAUGAGCAAGGCCGGUGUAAGCAAAGAACUUUCCUCAUGAGUGACCUACUACCAGGCAAAGGAGCCACGGCCGUAAAGUUAGAAGUGCAGGGAAAAGCUGUUGCCUCUUCUGGCUAUCUAAGCUGGCCAGUUUUCGCUAACAUGAUGCAUGCAACAUAGUCCCGUGGUCUUCCGAGGCCACGCGUAACGUAGAAUUCCAUACAAUUGUCUUAGUGUAGUCUGACAUCAAUCUGCAGUCAGAGGAUCAAGCUCUUAAAAGCGAAUGUAGAUGACAAAACUGGCCGGGGACGGCACGGAGAGAUGAGGGAUUACAAAAUCAAUGGGGGUGACGAGGAAACGCCGUGUCAGAGACCUCAAAAGUGCUUCUUGUACUUCUAUCAUCUCCAGCAAGCCAAGAAGGCCGCGUAGGCAAGAACCAAACGUUCUGCACUCGUCUUGACGCUACUAGUACCAGUACGGUACGGUACUAUAAAUAACGGCAUCAGUGCCGAUUUUGCCACCAGCUGUGCGGAUGCCAUCUUUUGGUGCUGCUGGUAGCAAACGAGAACUAUCCUGCCAUGGUAGAAUCAAUCGCCUUCUGGAAUCUAGUAGAGCAGGUGUGGAGCUCCUGGAACAAUCACUCAUUAUUUCUUCUCUGACUACUAGCUAGCUAGUCUAGUAGGAGCGCAAUCCACUCGAAGAGUAACGCUGGUACUGACUCCUGAGGUGAGGUUUGUGUGGUAAAGCUGUGGUAAAUGAUGACAUUGUGAUAGCCAGCAGUUUCACGACCAGCGAGGGGGCUUUUUACUUGUAAGAUGACCAGUUGGUCAAUGUUGGCAGUU